GUAGGGAAAUUAGCCGAGGCCAGGCUUAAGCAAAGAACAGUCGAAAUUCAGGACUAGGUUCUGUGGGAUCAGGGGCAAGAAAUUGAGGACCAUUACGAUGACUGGAUGACCUCCUGGCCACAACCACAAAUCAUGAGUCUCAUCCCAACCAAUUCACUGUGCUAUGGAUACUAAUACUGCUACUAAUGACGAAGCUGCUACCCAGCCUCCUCUUCCGUUGGCUGAUGAUGAACUUUGGAUUGGCCAGAUUCUAUCGUUUGUUGGUGUUGGACAGUAUGCUUUUGUAGGAGCUGUCAACAAGAAGAUUAAUCAGCUGUACAAAGACUACUGUACAAUUGAACUAAAAAAAAUCCAAGAAUGGUAAAGGAGAACCCAGAGGAUGAGAGUCGCUCUCCAGAAAUCACCGACACUCUUUACAGCGAAACAUUCUGUAAUCAGUCACGUGCAGAAUACUGGCUCGAGGACAACUCCAUCAGCAAAACACCUGAUAAUGAUGAUGUUUGCAAUGCAAUUGCCAAAAUUGGAAAUAUUAUGGUCAUGCAAUGGGCACGCCAACAAGGAUUCCUAUGGGAUGAAGAGACAUGUGAAUCAGCGGCUGGAAAUGGACAGCUGGAAAUGCUCCAAUGGUUAAGAGAGAAUGGUUGUCCAUGGGAUGUAGAUACAUGUGCUAGAGCUGUUGAAGGUGGACAUUUUAAAAUUUUGAAGUGGGCUCAUGAAAAUGGUUGUGAUUGGAAUGAAUGGACAUGUGCAGGUGCUGCUAAAAAUGGACAUUUGGAUAUUCUCCAAUGGUUAAGAGAGAAGAGUUGUCCAUGGAAUGAAUGGACUUCCUGCUUUGCUGCUUCAAAUGGACAUUUGCAAUUUUAA